GAAACACCCGGAGAAGUGGCAUCCUCCGAGGAAUGGGCUCUGAAGCCCUGUUGCGCAUGCUCGCGCCUUGACCCCAGAUUGAGGUGACGGCCGGAGCCGAGGUGGGUGCCCUAGCAUUGAGGCUGAGGGACCCGCCGCGGCUCCGUCGCCGGAGAGGGAGGGUCCGCUGCCGUCGGACAGAGCCUUGGGACGCCCAGUAACCCUACCAGCGGGGAGGAGCAGGAGGACCACAUCUGCUGGUGGUCUUGCGUGGCCUCACAGCCAAGCAGCCAGGCUCAGCAUGCCUCUGCCUGAACCUAGGGAGCUGGACGGUGGUGGCAUGAAGGCUGACCAGGAGCCAUGCGAGCCUGGCAAAGCUGUGCUUCCAGCAACCCCCAAGAAGCCCAGGCAGUUCUCCAAGCUGGUCCUGCUGACGGCCUCCAAAGACAGCGCCAAAGUGGCUGGGGCCAAGCGCAAAGGCGUGCACUGCAUCAUGGCCCUGGGCGCGCCAGGCCCUGCCAUCCUCGCCAAGGCCCUCCUCAAGACCCACCCAGAGGCUCAGCGGGCCAUUGAGGCUGCUCCCCCGGAGCCCCAACAGAAACGCAGCAAGCUGGACCUGGAUGCUGACACCAAAGAAGACAGCCGAUUGGCUGAGGUGGCUCCCAUCCUGCUCCCGGAAAAGGCUGCUGGGCACCUGGCCCAGUCCACUGCAUCCCUGUAACCUUGGCAAAGGUGGAGCUGUGGAUUUAUCCUCGGAGAGCCGCCACUGGGGGCAGAGGAGCUGUCCACAGGGCUCUUAGAAGCCCAUGGGUAGUGGAGUGGAGCUUUUAAAAAGAUCCAUCAUAAGUUACUUUUUGUAAGAAAAGACAUAUUCCAAAGGAGAAUAUAAGGAGCCCUAUGCUAUUUCCCUUUAUGGACUUUUUUCUUUUUUAACAUUCCAGGAUUCUGGGUUCUUGAGACCUAGCUUCAAUCCCAUCAACUUCUACCAGUCCUCACCUGCCUCUGCCUUUCCAGAGUAACCUGGCAUGAGCCAACAGAUCAGGGGAGCCCUCUUCAAUGGCUUCUAACUCCAGGACUCACAGCUUUGGGCCCCUUUGGCCUGGAAAAUUAACCAUUGAAGAGAACUAGGUGGGUGUCUCUGAGGUUUCUUCUUCCUAUUGCCCUUGAUCUGAAUGGGGCCAGGGGGAACUCACACCCAGGCCCAGAAUAGCUACGCCCUCUCGCUAUCUGACCAUUCCCUCCAGGGGCCUGUCUCUGAGAGGCCUCAGACUCCCUCCUGCUGAGGCCUCCCAGGAUAACAGAAAGUUACUUCCCUCUCUGGACCAAGCCUCUUCCAGGAAGCUUCCCACAUAGAUGGCACUGAGCCUUUUCCCUAGCCUACUGGGUACUACCGUGCUGUGUUAAACAUGAAGGAGCAGUUACCUUCCUCCAGCCCUAGAUCAGGGCUCCUUCACAAAGGAUCAGCCCUUUGGUUUCUUCACCUGAAGAAACCUUAUUUUUUGAAAAUCACCUCUGAGUACAAAGAAGCCUUAUUUUUCUUUUCAGUGUAGGAUGUAAAAGCUCUUUAUUGUUAAAUACAAUGUUUUCAAAAUCAGCCAGCAUCUAUAGUGCCCCUUUGGAAACUCAGAUACUCAGCUUAUUUUCUUCCCCUCCCUCUCCAUUUUGCAUGGAAAUGUCUGAAAUUCUAUGUUUAAAUAGAAUCCACUGAUUUCUCCUUU